GGGUGGCUUGUGGAAUUCAUCGUACUGCUUAGUGAAAAAAUCCAUUAGAUGUCCAGAGAUUUGAAGUAGCUCUUCCUGCCCUUUCUUCUUGAAGAAAGCAUGUCAAAGAUGCUUCAAAACUAAAAUUGUUCUGUCAGAUCUGAAACUCUAACAAGAUGUGUUUUAAAUGAAGAGAACUUCUGUCUGCUGGGUGCAACUGGCACUCGGAUCUUUAGCUUAAAUCCUUCCCUCUCCAAACUUCAGCCUGGAAGGGCAUCCUGGACUGUUUUCAGCGUGGUGUUGCUGUCAGACAUCCUACCUUAAUGAGCUCUGUGUAGUUGUUUGGCCUUGUAGUGGGGGGAUGUGUGAAUAGUUGACACCUGGCUGGUUGGUUUUGCUUCUAAUCUCAGGAGCGUUCAAUAUCUUCUGCUGCUGCAAGCAGCCUUUUGCCUGUUUCACACACUCCCUGGCUGCUCUAUCCUCUGCUCUAGAACUUCUGCCGACUGCUGUAAAAGAAUAUCUGACCUCCCCUCUUUUUUUCUGUGCAGGAUUUUAGCUGAAGCAAAAGUGAGGAAAUAGCCCACAGCACGCCCCCGCUAAAGCCUACCCACCUGCUUUGGGUUAGGGCACAAGACCCUUUCGUAGUAAACUGGAAACACAAACAGCUGUAGGCUUUUUUCUUAUUAUGCUUCAGAGUAAAUGUCUAGGUUGGGAUCUAGACUUCAACAAAGAAAACAGGAACAUAAAAUACAGGCAGCUUUGGGAGUUUACCUGAGUUACUACUUUGCUUCUCUACUGCUUGUCUUCCAAGUAAGUUUAUGUCACCCCAGUGAAAAAUGAAAAGAUGGGCAGGAACAAAAAUCUUUCUAUAAUCGCUGUGGUGCGUUACUUUCCGUGGUGGUCUCUGGUAACUCCAGGUGGGCUGUUACGUCACAUGUGCAGACUGUACUUGUGUGACGUCAGUUGAUGCUGCUGGGAUACUGUAAUGUGCGUGUGAUGGGCGGGGUGUCUGUAUGUGGAGGGCUUUGAUGGUACAAGGGGAAUGCCUAGAGGAGGGAGGAAUUACUACCAGAUCCAGACCCCUGUCCUUACAACAAUAACAAGCUUUUUCUAAGAGACCAGCAUUGCGAGUGUCUCCUGGGCAGGAACCGCUUCACAGCCAUGCCUUCCUGGCCCCUGCGGACCUUUGGUGUCCAGCUCCAUCUAGUUGAAACUAAUGAGAUCUUUUCACUGCCUCGAUGCCAAAAUGACUUGACUCUGAAGAAGCUUAAGUCCCACUUAGAACUGUUGGCUGGGAUCCCCCUUCAUCUUCAGCGGCUCCAGUACCUGGAUGAAGCAGAUCUGCCAGAUGAAUCUACAUUUAAGGACAAUGAUAUUGUCCCUGGUGGAACGAUUACAAUGCGGAUCUGGCGACAGGGUGGCUGGGGGCAUCUUGUGGCAGCUGCUGCAAAAGGAGAGACUCUGAAGCUAGCCCGUCUGGGAGUUACAGAGGACUCUGCGGCCACCACGCCAUACGCAGGGUUACUGGGCCCAGAGCAGACAAAGGAAUGGGCAGCACACCAAGCUUCCGUGGCACUGUUUGUUGCCAGCCACAGAGGUCAUUUGGAAACUGCCAAGUUUCUCCUGAGACACGGUGCGGAUUUGCAUUCUACAACCCCGCUAGGAAGGACUGCCCUUCACGUCGCCGCUGUCGCGGGCCAGCGUGACUGCGUUGAACUGCUCCUUAGCCAUGGGGCGCGAGCUCUUGGCCCGGACAGCGAGGGGCAAACCGCGGUGAGCCUUGCCCGCCGGUGGGGCCAGAAGGAGAGCGAACGCACCAUGGUUCGCUUCCAGCGGAGGAAGAGAUCCCCUGGCGCCGAGCCACCCUCUGGCGCUGUGCGUCAGGCCUUGCAGCAGGCGUCUGGUCCCACGUCCUAAAAUACAUAUGGACUAGCUUGGUUCUGGCAAAUUUCAAGGGACAGUCAGUAACUUUCCCAGAGACCCGCACUUCAAAUAUAGGUCGCUGGGUGGGAUUUGCAGGGUUUAGUUAUGAAAUAAGCUCAUGUACUGGUGAUGCUGCAGCUAAGAUGACAACUAGCUUGACAGCGCAGCUCUCAAACACGCUCUUAAUUUGUAGCUUAAGUAUUUAUGACAUUGUUCCCUAGCCAAAGUGGCCAUUUAGUUAAUAUGGUUUGUAGGAGAGCUGGAGCCUGUCUGCAGGAUCUCUUUGGAAUGCUCCUCACUGGGGUGAUUUCCUAAUAGUUGGCAACAGACCAGGGCGAUACAGUUUAAUGGGUAUUUCAGGGGACUGGAAAUCCCUAGAUCUUUAAUCCAGUUCUGGCCCUGACUGGCUUUAUUGCCUCUGGCAGAUCAGUUAAGGGUUAUUUUAUAAGUAGGGCAGUUUGUCUGCUGUGGGAGGGUGCGGGCAGAAUUGAUGUGCAUGUAAGUGGCUAAUUACAAGAUUGCCCAGUGCUUGCUUAGUAUCUCCAACGUUUUAAGCCUCAGGGCUUUGAAGGUUGGGGUUUCCUGAAGCCAGUGGUGGGUUGAAGGGACUUGCCCAUCUGCUUUCAAAGUUUCUUCAUAUCGCAGAUUCCUUAGAUGCUUUAAGAAUUUAAGACUUAGGGUGUCUUUAUGCCUCUGUGAUCAGCAGAAGGAAGCUGAGCUUCUUGUCUGUUUCCUGAGGGCUUAUUAAGGACUCAGUGCUCAAUCUUGAGCAGUUUCCAUUGCUCUGCUUAGAGACAUUUUUCCCGAAGAGCUCAGCACUGAACUUCCAAUUAACCACAGAAGAGGUGGUUCUUGGUGGGAACAGAGCACUCCUGGGAACUUGGCCCACUGCCUUUUUGCUUGCAAAGCCCUAUGCUUAGCCAGGAGACUCUACAAAUAACUAACAGGAAUUGUUCUUGUUUCCUGGUGUCAGAGCACUUUCUUUAACUGAUACCAGGAUUGCUACAUAAAUAUCUAGGUAACUAGUGAAUUUUGGCCUCAACACUUAACUUGGUGUUCCAGCUCAGUGCCUGGGAGUGGCCAUGUUCAGAAUGGGGUAAAAACCAGCCUCCUGUGGUGCAGCGUGAAUAGGUGAAAUGUGGAUCAGAAAGAUGCUGGCUGCGAGCUUGGGAUACCUUUAGUUUGUACCUCUUAAGGGAGAGGUUGGGGCUAAUGAUGGGGACCAAGAAUUGACUUGCAAAGCUGAGGGCAGAGCAUUCUUUGUGUGCACUGAAUGAAUGGAGGCGAGCUGCACAGACUGAGUUCUGUAGGAAGGGCUGCAAAGCAGGACAUCGGAGUACCCAAGCAAAGGUGCUCUGUAUUCCAGGAGAAAAAAAACGGGAUUUGAAUAAUGUUCCCAUGUAUGUUUUUUGUCAGAUAGUCCCAGACGGAAAUAUAGAGUGUUGCUCAGGGUAAGCACAGAAAGCAUAACAUGGCAGCUCUCCAGGCAUGUGGCUGCCCAGCUCAGGGACAGAUAGUUUAGUCUGUCCAGGGAAUUGUUUCCCUGUGCUCACAAUCCCCAGCUUCCUGGAAGUAAGUCCCUGAGCCUAGUUUCCAUGUUAGUAAAACAAAAAAACUAACCUGGAAUGCUUUAAAAAUGCAGCUGUGUCCCCUAAAUGCUUGCCUGCCUCAUUCAGGGUGGAGGGUUGGAUGGGUGCCUAGUGAAAGCAGGGCUUUGCGCCUUCCUUGGACGUUCCCUGCUGCCGGACUAUGGGCUGUUCUGAGAACAGUGUGCAUGAACCAGGAACGGAGACCGAGAAAUGCAAACCACAGGCUCAAUCUCUAGAGCGAUCUAAGAAAAAUAUCCCUUUACUUCAGCUUUUUUUUUGUAAAUGGAAAGGGCUUUGGGUGAUGGUUUUACUCCUUUGUUGCAAUUGCUUUCCUUUCCUUGAGUUUGAAGGGUAAAAUCCCUGGUCACCAUUUUGAAUAGCUUGAAGUUACACCGCAGAAGUUGCGGGAGCGGGGCCAGGCCGCAGUCAGCAGGAGAAGGCGCCGCAGGAGCGGGGCCGCAGCAGCUCAGAGGGGUCUGCAGCACACCAGUGCGCUCUGGUCGUCGGGUCUGUGUCGCGUUCACCGUUCCCAUAUGAAAAAGCACUGUUUGCUUUUCCUGAGCUACAUCAUCUCAGUUGCAUCCUGUUGUGAAGGUAAUCCACCCAGCCUUUCAAAGGCAGCAGUCCUGGAUUCCUUCUGAAUUGAUAUUUGUGCUUAAGGCCUCUCAAAUCUAAGAUGAUAAAUAGCUCUUAUCUUUCAGCUCGUCAUUUUAAUCAAGUAAAGCAAGGUCCAGAACGUCAGGCGACAGCAAGUACUGCUUCUGAAGCCAGUUGCUGUGACUGCGGAGGACACGUAGCAGUGCUUCCACAUGCCAAUAUCAGUCUGAACAAAUACGUGCAGAAUUCCUUCGGAUUGAGGGGACACCUUUGUGGGAUCAUUUAAGCAAAGCUCUCUCAAAGAGGUUUUAUGCUGAUUAUUAUAUAUAACCACUUAGGAGAAUGAGAAGAUCACAAAUUUUAUCAAAGCGAUCAGUAGACAAGAUAUAAAAAGAUGGUCCUUCUGGCAUUUUGCUGAGCAGUUGGAUAUUGCAAGCAGGAUGAUACAAAGUCCUUCGAAAUCAUUCAUUCUUUCUUCCUAUUGUCUGUCUAGACUGUCUAAUCUGUUCCCAAGCCUCUAGAAAUGGGGAGAGGAUUUGUAGUUGCCUUUAGACAUUAUGCAGCGUGCUGCAUAGCUCUGGGAAAGAACAGCGACUGUCACACGGAGAGAACUGGGUGACCUCAGGACGAGGAAUGGUAGGAAAUUAUGUAGUUCGUGAUUACGUAGUUAGGGACAAACAUCAAGUGCUUUGUGCUGGAAGCUGGAGGCUCAUCCUUUGGAAAGAAUAGAACAGAAGUCACCAAUGUGUUGCAGCUGGGAAAUGGGUUGGAGUGCGGCAAUCCAACACCAUAUUGGGGCAAACGAGAAGAAAAUUGAUGUCUGGCGAGACGAGCCCUGGAACAGUGUGUGCUGCUCUGGUUAGGUGAGAGAGGUGAACUGAAGCUCAAAGAGACCCCUAAAUUAACCAGGGGAAAGGAGAGAGGAGCUCUUCCUGAGAGGGCCAGGAGAGUGGGGCGCGGCCGGUAGAAUUGCUCCCCAUCUCAGAUGAUAAAUGCCAGGGAGGUAAAUAAGCUAUUCACACUGGAGGAAGCUGCUGGGAUAAGAAGACCAGAAAUCAGACUCUGUUUGGCAGCUCUCGUUAGGGAGGAGCGGGGCAAAUAGAUGCAACAAAAUGUAUGCUGUUGUGUGAUACAAUGGUCUGGAAACUGUUUAGACUGGAUGGCAGCGUGGCUGGGUGCUGAUUUUAAUUGUUGCAACAUUGUAUUUGUUGCUUAAAGUUCCUAUUCCAAAGAACAAAAAUGGGAUGUAGACAGAGCAGAUGAUAUUGCCUGUCUUAAAGUAAUCAGCUAUGCCAGAAAUAAACAUCGGGAGACAGCGGACUGAGAGGCAGCGCUCAGGCAGAAAUGUGACUGAGGCUCUCGAUUCCAGAAAUCAAUGAUCAGCUCUGCCGCUGCUUCACGUAGGAUCUUGAGAACUUGAUUUCUGUCUUGUAUAGUAUCAGGAAUCCCAGCAAAUGUUGUUUCUCUGUUGCACUGGUGUGCAAAAGUCCGUUUCUAGAAGGGAAGCUGUAAUAACAGCCCUUCCAAAGGAAGGGAACAAACAGGUAAGCAAAAGAUCUGUGCAUUUUGCACUGCAGCUGUUACUUUUGUGGCUCUGUGCUACAGCACAGGGAAAGGAUCAGCCUCCAGAAGACUUUAGUGAGGAGUUGUUAAUGAACUUUGGAUUCCUCAGCUAAAGAAACAGGGAGAUCAUUAUGGAGAAGAAAGUGCCCUAAAAAUGCCUUGAGUUUAAUUAUGCGCAGGGGAGGACAAACGUCACGACUGUCUCUUAAUAUUACGAAAUCCAGAGCAAUUCUUUUGGAAGGACUGUGGUUCCCCCGGACACAAAAGGCAGUAACAUAAACAAAGAUGACAAGCACAGGAAUAAUUCAUCACGCUUUCUUAUGCUUAUCAGCUCCCCGCUUCCCUUGCCUGGGCUGACUCCCCGGCUGCUCCCAGCCGUCGCGCUGACUGCUCUUCCCCCAGAGCCCUCAGCAGGCCUGGAACAGCGACUGCUGCUAUUUAGAAAUAGUCACUGUAGCCAAGGAGAGCCCUGCAUGUCUCAGAACUGUCACCUUUGAUACUUCCAAACAUGAGUGAAAUGUCCCCCAAACAUUUCCCCUUUGGAAAGGUUUCUGAUUUUACCUGAGUUACACUCCAAACUUGCCUAUGUUUACUUUGUCCCUCCGCGUUCCUCCCAUGUGAUGCUGCAGAGGGGAAAGGCUCGGUGCUGUUGCUACAAGUGAGAUGUUGCGAGGACAUGCCUUGUGGUGAAUGGACGUAUCCAGAAAGGAGAAGGAGAGCAGAGUCUAUGUUGCAGCAUUAGUUUUCAGGCAUUUUGCUGCUCCGCAUCCCAAGGCCCUCGGGAACGAUGUGUCUCCUUGUCUAACACGUGGAUCUGCUACUGGACCAAGAGCUGCGCUUCGCUUGAGGCAGCAGCCGAGCCUCUCCCUCUGUUCCUGCUUCACAGCCCUGAAACUUCCCUGGUAUUCAAAUCCCUUUCAGUGAAGACAAGAGAGGUUAUUUCUUUUAAAAAGUGCCAUUUAUUGGUGGAACUUCCGUACCUGUGGCGAUGUGGGCCCCUUGACUCAGCAACACCCGAGUAGAGUUUUGUGCUCAUGUGUUUUAUCAACACACCUGGAAGCCUAACACCACUGUUGAUCUAGCCUUACUUGUAUAGCAACCACCCCUAUGGAAACCGAGUGUUGAAACUCGAGAGCAAAGACCUGCGGUUACUGUGGCAUUGCACAAAUAACUUGUUAGCUCAGUGAAUUUUUAAAUAGAAAAAAAGAGCAAGCUUGUUGUUAUACCUGUUCCAUAUUUAUCGAUAGACAACAGUAGUGCAGAACACUCUGGCAAUCAUUACAUUCAUUUCUUAAAGUGAAUCAAAUGAACAGAAAUUGUUAAAUGCCAGAGUACAAUAAAGCUUAUAAAACCAACACGCAUCAGGAAACUUGUACUGAUUGGGCUCUUAGAUGUUGUUUUCCUCUUGCUUAGGAAAGAGAAUUGUAGUCAGCUUGCAAUCUCCCCGGCAUUGUUCGUGAAGGAAGCAGACAAAAAGUACCAAUGAAACAGAAGGGCUGCAAUUUAGUUAAUUUUAUGCAAAACACAAUCAGCAUUCAAACGGGGAGUUGCCAAGCAGAAAUGUGUUGAUAGAGAAGCCAAAAUAUUCGCUGUGCGUAAAUGGUGAAAUAUUAAAACAAAAUUUCAGAAAGACUCCUGGGACUCAUUUAACUCUAGGCCAGAGAAGAUGCAGGGGUGAAGCCUGACACUAUCGCAGUCAAGAGGGCCUCAGCGAGGCCGUGAUUCAAUCCCGGACACCCUUGGCUGUGCCUCUAUACAGUGUGAACCAGCGCGGCUGUGGUGUGGCAGAAGACCUUGUAUCAGUAAGGAAAAAGAGCAAUAACUUUUUCAGAAGAGUGACUGGAAGAGAGAAGGUUGCAAAGGAUUUUUGCUGGGGAGAGGAGGGAGAGGGCAGAGCAGUAAGGAGGGUAGUAAAGGACACAGAAACAGAACUGCAGAUCGGCGGGAGAAUGUAACUACGAAGGUGACAGCAGUGCAGGGAUCUGCCGUCUAGUCCUGGAGACCCCCACGUUGAGGAGGGCGGACAUUGAUCUACCAUUUUGCGUUUACUCACCAUGACAGACUCCCGUUAGCACUGAAGUUAACUAAGUGGAUGCAAGGUAUUUUUGUAUUGAACAAUGUGCACUCCUCUUUCCCAAACUUCAUGCAUCCCACUGAGAUUUUCUGAUUAGUCUUUGUGCCUCAGACCCCUCCAGUCCAGGGUGUGUAGCUUACCUCUGCCUAUAGCAGAACCUGUGAGUGCACAUUCUCUCUGCCUUCAUUUUUUGAAUUUGCAGUGUUCCUUGAGUCUUAACCACCAACGGUGUUCAAAGACAACCAGGAGUCGGUUGUGAACCGUGUCUGAGGCUCAUGGUGACUGUUAACAUUUAGCAAGGAUAGAGGUUUGCAGGGGGAAGCCAAAAGCUAUUCACUUUCUAGUAUGCUUCCAGCAUCCCGUUUAGGUUGGUUUAAUGCCUAACCUAGGCUGCAAUUGAGGUUAGUGCUUUAGUUUUCCUUCAAGUGCUAGUUCUCCAUGCGCUGUUCUGUUUGCAAUGUUUGCUUGACAUGACCGGUAUGGUUUCACGGUGUUUUGCUAGAAUUCCUGUGUGUACAGAAGCUAAUACAGGAACUGUCAACUUAGAAAGCCCAUCUUAAAAUACGGUCUUACUGGCUUGGGAUAAGAAACACAGAGAUUCCUUGUCCAAGCCUCUUCUGUGGAAUUCGUGACGCUAUUUCAAUUCCUUUGGUUUCCAGUAACCAAACAACCAUUGGGGUCAAGUAGAAGUCAAGGUAUAAAAAUUUGUUACUAUGAGCCUCCUUACCUAUAAGCAGCCAUAUGUUAGAGGAAUGAUCUGGACGAUAGCAGUUGUCUUAUAUCUCUUGAUGAGUGUUUGUAUACAUAAUUCAAACGUGUCCGCGUGUUUGAAUUCCAGCUUGUAUUGAUUGAAUUGGUCUCUGAUAAUAAACAGUAUAAAUAAAUCAGAUGGGAGUUAAAACAUAGAUGUGCUGUAUGGGGGGGAAAAAUUAAAUUCAGUGUAGUGACCUUGAGUGGAACGUAAUUUCAAAAGUGCCUUAGAUAUGCUGAUGCCAUAAAAUAAGGCUGAGGAAGUUGGAGGGGCAGGAGGGUAGGGGACAGAGGAACAAAACAAACUCAUUCAAAAUUAUUUGGAUUUAUCAGGAUUACAGGGAGAUAAGUGGCUUAUGCAGUUUAUUGUAGGGAAGUGUGAGGUAAUGAGGCCAGGGACCAAAAGUAAUCAGACACCGGUCGGAGCGAGAGCAGCGUGGAAUACAGAUCAGAGCGCGGCACAAAGGGCGCACACAGCACCGGGGGAAGUCUCAUCUAAGGCGAAUAGCUGCCUUGAUGCUUCUCUUCUUAAAGCGCUCAGCUCUACAGCUGCGCUCACUGCAUGGCUGAGAAAUGGCUGGUCCUGCUAAAGAGGUCCUGUUCAUCAUUGCUAACCCAUGAACUGGCUCCUAAAUGAGAGCUGGGUUUACAAUGAUCUUUCUCUUUGCAGAUCUCCAGGUACGGUUGUACCUCUUUCUGGGAGCAAACCAAGCAAAGCAGAGAGGAAGAUGGAGGGAACAUAGCCGUGCCAGCAUGAAUUAGAGGGACAGAGUUAGGCAUCAUCUAUUGGCGUAAAAACACGCAGGAAUAAUUUCAUGUUGCUUUGACCAAAACCCUUCAAAGGCUAUAAGGUGUGCGUUUGCUAGUUGCAAAUGAAUAGAGGGGAAUCCAGCCUUUGAUGUUGCAGGGAACAUGAUCUGUAACUGAGCUGCCCAAUAGUACAUCACGCUAACUUUAGAAAAAUAAAAACCCCUAUUGUUUCGGACUGAUGGGGACCCCGCUGGGCCACAGCAAAGCAAGGAGAAAUUGGGGAAUCUUUCCAGUUGGCUGACCUGGAGGUAAAUUCCAUGGUUUUGACAGUACUCGUUUUCUUUUCUUCUGGUUUCUUUCAUUUUUUAUUUUUAGUUCUAGUGCCUAUUUUCAUUUAUUUAAAUGCUUGAUUUGUUCCUUAGAUUUUAAGCUUUAGAUUUUUCUCAGUUGUGGCCAAGUAGCUUUUGAAACCCAAUCAAAGGCAGAAAUAAUAAAAGGAGAGCUCUCUUCACUGAAGUCUGUUGAUGUCCUCGCAGCUUGCUUCAUUCUGUUAGAUAACAUAUUAACCACCCGUGUUUAAAAGUGCUUGCUCAAACUUGGCCCAGAUCUCUAAAACAUCAUUUUUACACUUAUUUUUCACAGAACAAAUUAGAUAUUUGAAAAUAUAAUCUUUCUGUCUUACCUUUUCCUGCCCCAAUUUAAUUUAUGUCCGGAAAGACUCCCAUUAGUUGAUAAUUUCCAGUAUCUGAAUACCUAGGGCAUAUCAAUAACACGGAGACUUCUCAUUUUCCUUGAGUCCUCCCUGCUUGGUGCUGCAUUAGCUGGAAAUCCAUUAUUGUCUAGAAGCCAUAGCCGCAUGUGUUACGUUUGCCAUAGUUGAGGAAGGCAGUGAGGAGCUACAGGGAAAACUGAACUGGGAAGGACAGAAGCUAAGGCAAGUCACAAGUGAAGCUUGAUCUCAUACCCUAAUCCUUAAGUCAUAUCAGAACUGAGGAACGGGGAGUGGUGAAAGAAUACUUGGGGAAAUAAGAGAUGGUCUUGGAAGUUUUCCUCUUCUGAGUCUCUUCAGGCUUUUGUGGCUUCUGGUGAAUGUUCUGCCCCGUUCAGCGUCCCUGCCGGGACACUGGAAGCAUGGUAGAUGCGAUCUGAUAUGCGCUCUACCCCCACCCAGGGAUGUGUAUCUUCCUGUGAUUGCUUACGUUCUUGUAAUAAUAGUAAUAAUAAUGACAGAAAGGAAGAUGACUUCCAUGUAGUUGUACCCCAUGUUUCUGUUGUCCACUGGUUCUCCAUGGCAAACAGUCGGUGUUAGUUAGAAUCUGCAUCCUUGGAGUUCCGCUGUCAGUUUGGGCUGUUGUCACACACUUAGCUAAUACCCUCUAGUAAUUUUAUUUCUUAUUCACAUGCACACUUAAUGUCCUUAGUCAUUAGACUGAAAAAUGUUAACCUUGUCAUAGUUAGUGACUGGAAGCAGAAAAGUCCAUUUAAUUCUCAGGGGAAUGAAUUCUCAUUUUCUGCUUGUCAGAAAGUGACAUUUUACAUAUUUUUCUCUUUUUUUCCACCAGUUUAGUGCUAAAUUUAAAUGUGUGUGUCAUAAGAAUAGACCUUCUGUCUGUGCUAAACACCCCAAAACCCUUGGCAGGUAUCCAAGGUAUGAGACUCUUGACCAAUAGCUGCUGCUGGAGCUCAUUUCAUGCACUGAAGAGAAUGGGAGGUGAGAAUGAAAAGUUAGAGAUAAGGGGUCGUUGCAGAGGGCGCAUUAGCAUUGCAUGUCAGAAUGCAUAUUUUUCCCUCUAGAAAAUAUGGAUGAAAAGCAGCUCAUCUGGAAUAAAACAUCCAAUGAAGAGACGAAUUAUGUUAAUUACGCAGGCUAGCACUAAUAUUUGUCAGCAAGACGUGACACUUUCUAUUUAGUGUCACAGACUACUGGGAGCUUUUGAAAAGCCUACUGGUUGGAAGGCAAGUUGUCUGCAGAUAUUGAGUUCACUGUUCUAUGAAAGGGAAUAACUUGUGUCUUGAAAAAUAGAUGGCAUUUAUGGCAAAGAGAAAUAAUCCUCCCACAGAUUACAGCUGCUCACUGCAUUGUUGGGCUGGUGGUCUCAUCUCAUCAGUGGAUAUUUUAUAAGGUUCUUUUUUUUUUUGGUUUUUUUUUUUUGAAACAUUUCCAUAAGGCUGUUCGGAGGAGGACAUUGUGUGCUGGGAGCUGGAUGUAUUUUGAGAGACACCGCUACAAAGAACUCUGAGUCUAAAUUGCAAAGAUGGAUGAAGUAAAAAUGAGGGAUGGUUAUUUUGCUUUUUACAGAUGGGAACUGAAGCAGGGGAGAGUGACUGUUGUGGCCAAAGUCACCCUGGGAGGCCGUGGAGUUGCAUCCUGAUCUUUGAAGUCCAAUUCCAGUAUUUUUACCAUAUAUUGUCUUUCUGUACCCUUGCUGCUGAAUGUAGAUUUAAUAUGCACAUGUGUAAUGAGCCAAACAUGUUCUGCAUAUGUUUAGCCAAAUUCUGACCUUAGGGACAUGAGGCAAGCUCGCCCUUAUCUAUUUAAGAGUGCUUUCAUGUCUAGGCUCAACCCAAGGAGUGCAAAACAGUGUUGGCAUUUACUUUAUGAAACAUCCCCCUCCUGGGCUUGAAGUUCAAUUCAUCCGCCUGUUUGGUGUUUUAACAAAUUUGAGCGUCUCUGGGAGCUCUGGAGAAGAGAUGGUAGGCCAGCAGGCAAUAAACUGCACGCUGAUUGUCUGACCUCUUCUGUUGUCCCUGUGCACCAGAUGCCGAUUAAUGAUUAGCAUGUAACAAAUUAAUAAAUCAAUACCAUAAACAAACAAACCAUCCAUUACAGUGGCAUGUCAAGUCUCUCUCCUCUAGAGGAGGAGAGAGAGACUUGCUGGCAUUACAGUCUUCACUGUACGUAAAUGCCUCUGGACUAUGUGCUAUCCUGACACCUUGCCGAUAUGAUGCACAGAUGAGAUUAAUUAUAUUCCAUAGGUAAUUUGGUAAGUGCUGAAGAAAACAUUCUAAGUUUUUUUUGCUUAGUUUUGUUCUGACGGAUGUUCUUGAAGGGAAGGGUGAGUGGUGAGCGCAGUAAAUGUGUGCUGAGAAGGAACACACUCAAUAUGCUCUCUUCCUGUACAGCCCGGCACCCUGCCCUGAAGGGGUUAUCCACACUGACCGACUUCAGACAACUACCUUUGAAGUCUAACAGUAAGACCUUAUCACCGGAGCUCCCUCUGUAGCUUUGUGGAGAAAGCAAGGAUCCUGUAGCGUAUCAUUUAAAGGUCUGAAUCUGGACCCCAGUCCUGAAUCAUGAUCAGAGAAGUUUAAAAUCAAUCUAUGUGAAAUACCGAACAUCACUGACCUUAGUCUCUCUGAGCCAGGACCAAGCAACACAUUGAGUUGCUGCAUUGUCAUCAAUAGGCUGUUAGAAGCACAAAAAAUUUUGUGCAUUUACCCUUGUUUUUCAGAAAUAAAACACAAUUAAAGGUGGUGUGAUACGUUAUGGAAUACAUUUAAUUAAUGCCCUUGUAACAAUCAAAGGGAGGUUCAGGCAGAGGUCAGAGGUGGCUUCUGAAUUUGUACAAACACCUCCAAAUCCAGAAUGGGACAGGGCAGUAAAUAAAUUCCUCAUUAGCCUGACUGAUUUUUCCAUUCUCCUUAUAUAGGAAGUGUGUAUGUACUUCUGUGCAGUUCUUUGGGCAUGAUUUAUAUAUUCUAAUAAAUGACAAGUAUAUGUGUGCAUAAUUAGAAGGGACAAUAAAGAAAACCAGUUGAUGAAAUUGAAUUAUGCAUAAUAAAGCUGUAAUUUUAUAGGGAAGUCUGUAGUCAUCAGGAAAGAAAGUGAAGCUUGCUAUUUUUAUUAGUGUUGUGAGAGACCUGAGCUGAAACUACAGUCUUACGAGCUUUAAUAUUUUAUGAUAUCUUACAGAGAACUUAUUUUCUAACUUUCUAUUUCAUCCAUUUGUGGGCCGUUCUUAAAACAGCAUGUCCUGCCCUGCACUCUAAUCUUACUGGCCCUGUCCUUUUAUGCUAUUCUGGCUCUGCAGGCCCUGGGUCAACUGUUGUCUAGGCUUAAUUUAAGUAGCAUUUGUGAUUAAAUAUGGCUGUAAGUCUGUUCUCUGCGUUUUUGACAGAUAUGAUCCCACCUCAAGUGGUGACUUGAUUAGAGGAUGUGGGAGUCAGCUGAAGUCUAAGUUCAGAACUGUUCCUUAGAAGCACAGACCUGAGGAGGUUCACCAUCCAGUCCAGCGCUGUCUGAUGUAUUUUAUGUCAGGUACCGAAAACCCACUGGGUUUAGGCGAGACCAGAUGAACAAGACAACCUUUUGGAACCUGAGGUAUAGGACAAACUCUGCAAACUGGCCGUCACCUGGCUUAUGGGGACCAUUCAGUAGGCAUAGGCUUACAAGGCAACAGAGUCUAUCUACUUUUUCACAUGAAAAAAUGUGAAUCAUCAGUGCAGAGCCCUUCUUCAAAACAGAAAGAGAUUUGGCUCACCAGGUUUGAGGACCCUUUCUCAUAUUUGGAUGCUUCUGUCACAUCCAUGACUGCUAUAUGCAUAUGCAUUAUUCAGCUCCAAAACAACUGUAGCAAUACUGCCAAAUACAUGCAUGAAAUGAAUAUAAAAUACAUUCCAAAUAAUUGCAGCAUUUAUGUAAUUUGGUGUCUUCUGUGUUCCACAGAACCUCAGCAUUGUUAACUCCAGCAGAACCAGUAAGCCAGUAGGUGUGCGCAGCAGUACGGAGCCUGGCUCCCCAGCAGAAAAGAGCAUGAGCAGAACCAGCCUGGUGACGCCUGUCACUAUUGGCAGUUAAUGACUGAUUAGCAGUGACUCCAACAGUGCAAAUGAAGGGAGAAUUAAAAGCAGAUUUAGGCAAUCCUUACUCCUCCUUGAGUCCUUUAAGUGUAAAAUACUGCACAAACGUAUGAGAGACAUUUUAAUUGUGAUUUUCUGAGUAUGAAGAAGAUGAUUGCUCCCUCUCAAGGUAAACAGCGCUGACCCAAGGUGAGUCUCGAGCCAUCCAUUGCCAGUGGUUAUCCCAUUAAAAUGCUUAUUUGCUCAGCACUCCUACAUUAAACAAACAGAAGGACAAACAAAUGUGGUGAAAAAUACUGUUUUGGUCAAAACUGCGGUGCAAGCUGGUGAAACUUUUCUAAUUUGCAUAAAAGUAACAGAAAUUAUUAAGGACACAGCUUCUAGGAGAACAAAAGCAUCAGCAGCGCUCCUUGAGAGCCCAGUUAUUGUCUAAUUUGCAGUGCAAUGUGCUCCCUUUACCCUGCCACUGCGCCCUGGUCAGAGCUGGCUCAAGACCCCCCCGAAGGGUAGACUAAAGUGAAUUUUCCUCUCUUACAGCUUCAGGGCCCAUUUCCUGGUGCUCUGCACUGCAGGGAAAGAGCAGUCCCUGACCCAGCAGCACCACUGCUCAUACACCCUCGUUUUUCCUGCAACAGAAGCAGCACAGCCAGCCUGACUUCUCAGGACUUGUGCUUAAGUAAGAAGGGCAGUUUUGUUGCCCCUAAGGAUGUGUUGCCACAGAGAGCUCCCAGCUUUGCCUAACUGCAGCCCGGAAGGAAACGAGGUGGGGAACAACAUCCCUCUGCCCAAGUGAGCCAACAAACAGCGUCCGUCCCCACUUUCUCCAGCCUGCCAGCUGUAUCUUGGCUUCUCCUAUGAGACUCUAAAUAUGUGGCUUUUGUUCAUUCAGCAAGUACAAUGCUAAGAUGGAAGCUGUAAUGCUCAUGAUGGGGAGCACAAGAAAUCACUACAGCUUUCAUUUAAACAAAGGACAUGACUGUGCUCUGGCAAUAAGAGCAAUAAUGGCUGCUUAAUUUUUCCAGACAGGGACUGUAGCUCACUGGGAUUUUUUGGGCUCUUGCUUUGUUUUUGUUUUUGUUCCAGCUUUUAAGGAUGAGAAUGUUGUGUCUGACGCAUGUCAGCAAGCAAAGGAGAUUCACUAGCAUAGCUGGGUUCAUCUUGCUCCCCGGUGAGGAAUAAAAGCAUUAACCGUCUCUCACUUCAGGAGGAGAAGGGGGGGCUGUUUUCAGCCUGUGAGAAGUGAGAAGGCAUUGGCAGGUUUAGGUCAGGCUGGAGCACAGGGCUGCGUGGCAUCCUCAGCAGGACAGAUUAGCUGGGUGUCACGCGGCAGCCUGGAGGCACCGUGCGGAAAAAGCAAGAGACAGAAGUGUGUGUUGCAGGGUGUGGGGGGGUGAAGGCUGCCAUGUCUCUUUUCGGUGUGAGGCUGUUCUCCACGACAAUCAUCUUUCUGGAAAGCAGACUUAGAAAAAUGAAUUGAAUAAAGAGUCUUUAUUAAGGAAGCAGAGAGGGAGAAUGGUCACUUCUGCACUCCCUGUAUUGGAACUCUAAAUAAUGAUAUUCCCGGAGCUGUUAAAACCAUUGCUUAACAAGAGCCCUGCCCAGCCACGUUUAAUCCCAGGUGGGUACCUGCAAGGCCUGAUCCUGCAGUUAAUUGCACCUAACUGAAGAGGAUGUGGGGAGGAAGGAAGAUGCUUUCUGUUCUGUUUAUUUCCUCAUGGCUGCAUCUAUUUUUGUGCUUUGAAGUUCUCAGGUUUAUUUCAAUCUUCAGUGAAUCCUUAGUUUAUUUCACUUCUUUAGAGAAGCAGAUAAAGCAUGAAGGGGGAAAAUACGAGGGAGAGGGCCAAAUGGAAAGUUGAGUCAAACCUGGGCAACAUAGCAACCUGCAACCACAAGGUGUAAUUUACAUUUAUUAAUGUCCAAAUAUCUGGGUGCUGUAGGGCUUUAGAUAUGCUUCAGUACGGUUUGUAGUGUGACACUGAAAAUGCCCGAGGAACACGUAAGGAACCCUGGGAUGCUGCUGUCUUUGGGGUCUGACAGAGACACAGGAAAGUAGGACUGGAGGGAAUUUUGAACGAUCUCCCGUUUUAGCUCUCUGCCUGUGGCAGCAUCAGUUUACACCUGCACCGUGUAAUAUCUUUAUGCUGAUUAUUUUUAAAAGUAAACCUAGUAUUUGAAAUCUAUUUAUUUAUUAUGGAUCAUUUAAAAUUGUGGAGAAAUUAAGCAAAAACUUGGUCGGAGUUUUCUUAGUUUGUUACCAGGAAAUUAAGAAAUUAAUAUUUACUGAAAUAAAAGAAACAGACUGCUCUUGCAUGAAACAUGAUUACCUCUUUCUUAGCUAUCAUUAAAAUUCUGAGCUUUUUGUUACUGACACAAGUCAGGAGUAAUAAACUUAAAUGAUGUAAAAGAUAUGACAGGUAAUUAUCCUCAGAGAUAUUCUCUAAAAAAGUUACUUUAAUGUAUUGUACUAUAAUGUACCUAGCACACCUCUUCUAUAAAAUGUAACCUCUACUGUGCACUGCCAAAGAGUAGGAAGUGUGCUUAUUCUAAGCUCAGAGUUUUCAUACGCUCUCAUCUCUUAAAAAAGAAAAAAAAAAACACCAAGAAGUAACAACCAGCCUUUGAUCUAUAAUUUCCUGUGCUGUUGCUAGACACCCAGUGAAAUUUUUGUACUUUUAGAAGGUUUACUAAGGCUGUGUAAUGUUACUUUUGAGAUCAAUGUACUGAUUUAAGAAAAACUAAAUCAUUAAAGGCUGGAAAAAUCUUACACAGGGGAUCAGCCAUAAUGAUGUUCUGAAUAAUACAUUGCCUCGUGUCCAGCUAGAACUUUGCAUGUUAUAGUAAAUACAGCUGCAUUUGUUUAAAUGAUAAGGCAUUAAAUUAACCUGCUAUGUUUACUUUUAUACUUAUCAGAUGGUCUGGCCCCAUCUUAUCCUUCUCUGAACAUCUGGUUAACUGCCUCCCUAAAUGCUGAGAGCUCUGCUUCAGUGCUGAGCCCUAAGCUUCAGCAUUGCGUGGCGGCCAUCCGACGCCAUGGCAGUUCGUGGAUGCUGCAGAGGAAAAUGCAGACACUGCAGAGGAAAAUGCAGAUGCUUCAGAACACUCUUCAUGAACACAACCUCCAGUUCUUUGUGCCAGCUUUGUGCAAGAUGCCCAGUGGCCUACUGCCAUCCUGGGAUGGUUUUUGGACAUUUCAUUCUCUGUCCAAGCCUGUAAAACCCGAGGCUCUGACUGAGUAAUGCUCAGUGUGUCUUACUUCAGAGGUGGCAACACAACAUCUUUCUGCACUGAGAUGAAAAGCUGCCCUGUGGUAUUCUUCAGGUUAUAUCAGCAAACUUCCAGUUGGAACCCAUUACGGAAAUAAAACCACCACUGAGGCAUACAGGAAAGAGUGUUUCUUUAAUCUCUUUGAACUGUUCUCCGUGUAGCAGAGUAAGUCUGGAGUUGUGUGUGAGCAGCCUGAAACCCUAAGGUCAAGAUUAUCUUCAACUGAGAAAAAUAAUGAGCCUUGCCAGUGUUUUGUUUCAGUGGUGCAACAUGAAUCAGAUCUGUGUUGUUUUCACAAAGUUUCUGGUUUUGUUUUGAAUUUAUUUCUCAAUACUGCUGAUCUUUGCCAUGUAUGAUAGAGGAGACUGAAGGGACAAUGUUUUGUUCACUGGCAACCCAAUCAGUUUCACAGCACAACGGUAUCAUUUUCCAGUACAGUUAAAUUUAUUACACUGUGGUCCUAUGAAAUGGUUUGACAUGCUUUCAACUAUUAAAUAACAAUUUGACGGGAUGUGAAAACCACAGGAGUCAGGAAGAAGGUAAUAGUCUGUGAGUGGGCCUGAGCUGUCUUGCUACGCUGACACUUACGGUUCCAAGGGGAGCUAAAUACAACACAUUUAGGAACCUGAUGCAAGAAGUGACCUGGGUUGGGCUUCACAUGGGAGCAGAGGUUUCUGGUCUGGUUGCCAAUGACUAUGUUAGACUAGCGUUUGUCACUUUGGUACUUCGGUACUUUGUAGAAUGUGGAAGAAACCACAGAGAAUCCUUCACUAAGGGGAAAAUUACAUGUGUGAAUGGGGAGCCUUAAGUCUCUGAAAAGAAAAAUACCUCCCCUGUUGCAUAAGGCAAGCGAUCUCAGACUUAAAGUUACUUCAGGUGGACAAAGAGGCAAUAGCAGGUACUGGAGACAGUAAUUUUUGCACAAACAUAAGACUGCAAUGGGCAUCCAUAAGGAUAGACACAGCAUGUGACUUUGUAGAAGUGUCUCUGCAGAACAGCAAUUAGAUUUAUUCUCUAAGCAGCCACCUUUUACAGUAGCCAGAUCAGUUGGCUACGCACAUGCUGUGGUUGCCUUUCAUUUCGCUUCUUUCAAAAUGUGCAGCAACACUUGUAGGGUGACUACAAUUUGAGCAGUGCUGCUUAUUCAGGAUCACCAUUGCACUAUCGCCUAAUAAAAAAAGUCUUUCUUCUGUGAUGCAAAAUGUAUUUUAAAUAAAUAAUCUUUCAACUUUGAGCUCCCAGUAAAAUAUCUUAUAUUAAUGAAAUUAUAAAAAGGAAGUGCCAGUUCUAGCAGCACAGAAUACACAUUGUGAAGGAAAAUGCACCAGGUUUUUGUCACCCAAUUUUGUUGUUUACAAAGCAAAUGCUUGUGUGAAAGAUAAUUCUGAUUUCAUGGUUCUUCAGCUUAAAUACAACCGUCACUUAAGCCUCUACUAUUAUUUCACCAUGCACCCACGAAAGUAUAUGCAGGUACGCAUCCAUGGUGAUGAAAGGUGUAUGGCUGACCUAUUCUCAUGCCUUGCUGUGGUGACUGUGUAUCAAAUACAGUAAACUUUUUGCACAUGCAAUACUGAAAGCACCAGCCAUAGCUCCUCUUUACAGUGAGCCUGUUACCAAAGAACUCAUUUAUCUGAAAACAACAGUCAGAAGACAAGAUGGCUUUAGUUUUCUGAAAAAAUUUAGUCAACUGAGGAGCAGGUGCAUGUCACUUCGCUAACGUGAACCUUAGACCACCAAAAGCUUUAUGAAAGACUACACCAAAUGAAAUUUAGAUUGAAGUGUAGAAGACAUCUAAAUACACUUGCACCUUGUUUUCAAAUUUUGGUUGAAAAUAAACUGUGUAACUUUUUACAUAUGUAUAGAAACAUCCCAUUCUGCUGACUUGCAGAAAAGCACAGGUCUACGACUUUUAUAUAGAAUUAAAAUUGUCUUGUGCUGCAUUUUUGAAGUGAUUUAAUUUUGUUUUGAAGCAUUUCCCCAGUGUGUGCACUGAGUUUAUUAACAAUGUCCUGACCUUAGAGAUGGUGUGAUAUUUUACGGUGUGCAGUGACAUUUAUGUGCCCAACUUGGCUCCAAUAAAUAGGUUAAUUUCCACAAAUUAAAUGCCAGGUUUGAAACGUUAUAAGGCGAUUUCAUAACUCUGUAUUGGCCUUCUGGAUUCACAGUUGGGGCA